AUGGUCUGGAUAAGCAACCGAUCUAGCGAGACCAUCAAGGUCGUUGUCACCAGUCCCGGGGGUGAUCCCGGCACCUACGAGAUCACUCCCGAGCCUCUGCUCGUCGAGUCGUGGAGACAGAACUACUGGACGCGCAAAACCCCCGAAACAGCUACGGUCACCUUCGAGAAAAGGGGGGUGCAGUUCCAGACUGCGGUGAAUCCGACGGAUGUUCUCCUCGUCUACAACGACACGUACAUCGUGCAGCCCUCAACCAAGGUUGAGUUCUACUAA